CGACAGAAAUGAAAGUCAUUUAUAUGAUUGUAUUGAUGUUAACCAUCGCAUCGAUGGUUAGCAAUGAAUCGAAAGAUUUUUGUGAGGAAUAUCGGAAAAAUGAUUACAAAAUCGGUUUUGCAAUGAGUUUGUAUAAAACCUAUGGAUAUGAUGAAGAUAUGAUAUUAUUGUUUAUCAGUAACACCUACUGGAAGGUGUCUAAUAAGAUGAACUCUGUAGUCACUAUUGACACUUUAAGUGCCGGUACGUCCAACUGGUUGUCCAGUGACAAGUACGCUAUGGUGUGGCCAAAUAACUACAAUUAUGACCAUAAAGAUAUCUGUCUUUACUGUGCUCUACAGAAAAACAUGCAUACAAUUGAUUGGGCAUUUUGUAAUGAUACAAAUGUUAACCAUAAUGGGAUCAAAUUGACAACAAGUAUAACAUUUCCAGACAAUUUUAAGCCCGACAUCGUUUGGUCUAAUAUUAAUGUUGAAAGAUACUUGAUAUUUGCUAACAAUACAAAACAUAUACAUUAUUUUGUUGAAAAAAAUAUAUUUUCAAUUGAGGUUAAGAGUAAAACAAGUUUAAGGGAAAAUAAUUGGAGAGAUAAUCACUACAACAUAAUAGCUAUUAGCCAACAAUAUAUUGGCAAUAGUUUGCAAUCAAUUAUCUUUAUGAGUGACAACAAAACUAUUCAAUACUGUUAUGUUGUCUUUGAUGACAAAUUUCCUGCAGGUUGUCAACCGAAAGAUAUUAGGACAAUGAUUGACUGUAACCAACCAACAACCCCGCAAACCAACCAAUCGAUGAUUAGUAUUAUUAUUGAUGUCCGUGUGUUGGCGGUCGUCAUCUUUAUCGCAAUAUUGAUAUUAACCAUCGCAUCGAUGGUUAGCAAUGAAUCGAAAGAUUUUUGUGAUGAAUAUCGGAAAAAUGAUUACAAAAUCUGUUUUGCAAUGAGUUUGUAUAAAGAGUAUGGAUAUGAUGAAGAUAUGAUAUUAUUGUUCAUCGGUAACACCUACUGGAAAUUGUCUAAUAAGAGAGACACUGUAGUCACUAUUGACACUUUAAGUGCCGGUACGUCCAACUGGUUGACCAGUAACAAGUACGCUAUGGCCUGGCCACAUAUCUACCAACAAUACUAUAGUAAAGAUAACUGUCUUUACGGUGCUCUACAGAAAGACAUGCAUACCAUUGAUUGGGCCAACACUUUGUGUAAUGAUAUGAAUGUUAUCACCGAAUGGAUCAAUUCGACGACAAAUAUAACAUUUCCAGACAAUUAUUUUAAGCCCGACUUUUGUGAACCGGAAAAUUUUAAGACAAUGGUUGACUGUUCCCCGCAAAUCAAACAAUCGAUGAUUAGUAUUAUAAUUGCAGUGAUUGUCCGGGUGUUGGCAGUCGUCAACUUUAUCGGUGCAUUGAUUUUAUAUUAG